AUGAUUCCGAGGUCAUCGCAUCGUGUUGAAACCUAUGGCCAAUUAAUCAGCCCUCGGAAAACGUAUAACCAUACAACUAUAAGCAACAUCUGCGAAUGGUUCGAAGUCGAUGUUUCAGAUGGAAAUAAAAAUAUUAUUUCUGGUCGAAUUCAAUACCACACCGUCAAGAAAAAAAGUGAUUUAGAGUCGUGGCGAAAAUGUAAUACUCAACGACGAGAAACAGAUUAUUCUGACGUUGUGCUGAAUAAAUCAGACUUAUAUCAGCGAUCAGAACCACCGAAAAGUGCAUCAAAAAAUUUUGAAGAUUUAGAAUAUCGUCAAAAAAGGCGUCGUCUAUCUACAUUGAAUGAAAUUUUUUUGGAUGAUUUCUCUGAUUCAAAUAAUAUUUUGAUAAAUCGAUUACUCGGAUAUUUAUUAUACCAAAGAAAUUACAAUGAUCAUAAACAUCUUGCAAAAUUAGGAGAAGAACUGUUUAAUACGGGUACCGUCGAAACAAAAAGCUCAUUGAAUCUUGAUCAAACGAUCGCAUUGAAAUACAAUUUGAAUCUCAGCACUCACGACACAGAUUUUAUUAAAUCAUUCUUGCACGAACACGUUCACAUACCUAAUCGUAAUAAAAUCCGUGAGUUCGGUAAACGAUUAGUACCAACAAUCAAUCCAUAUCGUGAUAAAAAAGGAAUAGCGGUAGAACAGCGAGAGGAAACGACUGUUUUGCCGUAA